ACGACGACACUACUACCCCACUGAACGAUAGCAUCGAUUGAUACAUAUAUCAAACCAUUCCAAUGAACUUCCAGCGGGUAUUUCAGCUUGGUCUUCGUCGAGCUACGGCACCUGGCUUAAGGGUGCAGCCUACGGGCCAUCUAGUCCAGCGGAGGCUCAUAUCGCAAGGCCAAGCCGCCAAAAUAAUUGCUGAACAACGUUUACAACGCCCCGUUUCACCCCACUUAUCUAUCUACAGGCCACAAAUCAAUUCGGUUACCUCGACACUACAACGUAUCACAGGCCUUACCCUGUCCGGUUGCCUCUAUCUUUUCGGCAUCGCUUACCUUGUGGCGCCUUACACUGGAUGGCACGUGGACACCACAUCUAUUGUUGCAGCAGUCGCUGCGUGGCCCACUGCUAUCAAGAUGGGUGUCAAGGCUUUCCUUGCAUUUAAAUUCUUCUUUCACGGCUUCAACGGACUGAGGCAUUUGACAUGGGAUGUUGGUAUCGGAUUCAAGAAUCAGAAUGUUAUUAGAACAGGCUGGACAGUCAUUGGAAUGACUGUUGUCGUGUCGCUUUACUGCACUUUCAUGGCGUAG